UGUUUGCGCGCUGUUUCCGGUUUAUCAGGAAUCCCCCGAAGUCCAAACUGACAGCCCUGAGCCAAAAACCGACACAAAAACGGAAUAUUUCUGCUUUAAAUCCUCCUAACGCGACCUUUAAGUGUCGUGAGGAGUAAAACACAACAGAAAACAGCUUAAAUCUUAAAAACGAUGGAGGAGACGCGGAGGAGGGCGCAGUCGCUCCUGUCGGCCUCUGGGCAGGCGCAGGAUGCCAGGGCCGACGUGCAGCACCUGGCACGCAUCCCGGCGCCCCUGUCGCAGAAAUACCUCCACAUCAGAGCAGAGACCAUUCUGAGAGACAACACCGCGGUGAAGAGCAGGCACGAGGUGUUGGAGUCUCUGGUGCGUCUGUCCAAGGCCCUGGGGAUCCUGGAGAAGUACGGCUGUAACCUGACCAACCCCACGCGCCCCAAGUACUGGAGGACCGUCAAACACAACAACCCGGUGUUCAGAACCACUGUGGACGCCAUCAAAGGCGGUCGCUCGGUGCUGUUUCUCUACGGUUACACCAAUCAGCAGAUCGACGGCCUGAGUUUCCCUGACGACGUCACCGACCCGGAUCUGGAGAAGGUCGUGGAGGUCACGGUGGAGGUCAUGACCCUUCGCACCGAGGUCGACCUGCUCCUCAAGAGCGCUCAUCCUCACCCAGAGCAGUUUAAAGACAUCAUCCCGUUUAUUGUCCAGGACCAGGACGAGGUCAACGACGACGUCAACGACGUCAUUCCCAUAAGAGAAGAACCUCCACCUGAAGAUAAACCAUCUGCAGUCAUUCCUCCAAAACCUGCUCCAAGAAUCAAGACCCUCCCACGGCAAAACAAAGCGCCCCCUGUGGUGUCAGACUGCAGUCUCUGUGGCAUCGCCUCCAUGUUUGUGUGUCCUUCCUGUAACGACCAAAGCUUCUGUGACGCCUGUGACGACCUGUACCACCGACACCCCGCCCGCGCCGCCCACAAGAGGGAGCCACUGCACCAGCCCACGCCAGACCCGUGCUCCAUCUGCGGGGUUUCUCCGGUGCAUGCGCUCUGCUCCUCCUGUCAUCAGAAACUCUGUCAGAACUGUGACCGUCUGUUCCACUCACACCCAGAGCGAGUGGGACACAGCCGAACGCUUCUGUCUGCAGCCAAAUCCCACAGAGCGUCCCUCUCGUCGUGGGAGUGCGGUCACUGUACCACAGUGAAUGAGGUCAGGGCCGUUCUGUGCUCCACCUGUGACCGGCCCCGCCUCUCCACAGGCCCCGCCCCCAACCCGGAGCCCUCACCCACCACACCCCAGUCUCCCAACGCAGCGUGGCAGUGUAAGAGCUGCACGAUGGUGAACCAGGGCAGCAGCGUGCUCUGUGAGGUGUGUGAGCGCCCCCGUCUGGCCACGCGACCUCCUGCAGCUCCGGUCAAAGCCCCCACCAGCCCCGAGUCUCUGGCCCUGCCCGUUUCCAAGUGGACCUGCCAGUUCUGCACCUUCGUCAACACCAAACCCACCCCCAUCUGUGAAAUGUGCAGCCUCUCGUGUAAAGACGCGGGGGGUUCUGUUUCUCUGCCCGCCGCUCUGCAAACCGCCCCGGCUCAAGCCCCGGCUCCAGCUCAGGAGGGUAAAGCUCCUCCUCCCAUCGCCCCAAAACCAGCGCUCGGCCCGGGCACGGACAACCAGAGACAGAAGGCCCUGCUGCAGGACGGACUCAACCUCAUCAACCACAUCAGGGAGGGGGAGAAGCGCGGCGUGAGUCCAGAGGAGAUCUACGCCGCUCUGAAGCUGUGCGGCGGGAGCAACGUAAACCCCUGUGAUUGGCUGAACUCGGAGCUGCCCCACCUCCUGGACGAGAUCUGCGCCAUGGCGGCCUCCGUCCAGCUCACCUCCGCGAAGGAUCAUGGGAUACCCGGAACCGCGGGGGACGGGGAGGCGGCGGCGUCGGCGGUGAAACUGUCCCGAGCGGAGGCCAAACACGCGUGGCUGUCCACAGGGGGCGACACUGAGGCGGCCGUGAGGCAACUGCUGCAGGAUCGACAGAACAAGAUGAGGGAGCUUCGGUCUAUGGGUUUCAGAGACGUGCGUAAGUGCGAGGAGGCGCUGCGUCUGAGUGGAGGAGAGCUGAGGGGAGCUCUGUCUCUGCUGCAGCGCCCCCUCCUGGAGCCGUACCACCAGCGCAUCUGGACCCAGAGCGAGCCGCCCAUCGACCCCAAGGACCCAGACAAACAGAGGACCUGCCGUCGUCUCCUGGCGCUGUACGAUCUGCCCAGCUGGGGGCGCUGCGAGCUGGUGCUGUCUCUGCUGCAGGAGCCGGACGUCAACUACAACCUGGAGGACGUGAUUCAGGCGGUGAAAGACUCGCCGGACCGAGAGUUCAUCAAACGUCUGCUCCAGAACGAGUGCGGGGUCUGCUACAGCAACUUCCCCCUCAGCAAGAUGCGCUCUCUGACCUCGUGCCAGUGCUCUCUGUGUCUGGAGUGUUUUCAGAAACACUUCACCAUCUCAGUGACGGAGAAACACAUCAGAGACAUGGUGUGUCCAGUGUGUGACGAGCCCGACAUCAACGACCCCGACCAGCUCGACAACUACUUCUCCACUCUGGACAUACAGUUGAGGACCUGUCUGACCACUGAAGUCUACGACCUGUUCCACACAAAGCUGACGGAGCACACGCUGAUGAAGGACCCCAAGUUCCUCUGGUGCUGCCAUUGCACGUCCGGCUUCAUCAACGACGUGGAUCAGCUCAAAGUCACCUGUCCCUCCUGCCACAAGAGCUUCUGCUGCAAAUGCAAGAAACCGUGGGAGCCGCAGCACCAGGACGUCACCUGUGAACAGUUCCAGCAGUGGAAGAGAGACAACGACCCCGAGUACCAGAAGCAGGGCCUGGCCGGAUACCUGAGGGACAACGGGAUCACGUGUCCAAACUGCCGGUUCCAGUACGCUCUGACCAAAGGCGGCUGCAUACACUUCACCUGCUCCCAGUGUCGCUACGAGUUCUGCAGCGGCUGCAACAACCCCUUCCACAAGACGGCCUGUAGAACCGCAGUGUGUAACUUGAACGGGCUCCACGCUCACCACCCGCGGGACUGUCUCUUCUACCUCCGAGACUGGGACCCGCCGCGACUCCAGGAACUGCUCAAGAGGAGCAAUGUGGCGUUCAACACUGAGCCGUCUGCCGAAACUCCAGCCGCUCUGUGUGGAGUGAUGGAGCAGAAGGACAGUGGACAGCAGCAGGACCUGCCCUGUGGAGGAGAGACCAGACCGGGCCAGGCCGGCCUCUGCGAGAAGCAUUACCGCGAGUACCUGGUGAGCCUGAUAAACGUUCACUCUCUGGACCCGGCGGUUCUGUACCAGCCUCAGGAGCUGGUCUUGGCCUGUCAGAGGUACCAGGUCCCAACGCAGAAGAUGGACAACGAGAACGAAAACAACUACAACGCCAGGCUGCUCAAGAAACUGAUGGAGGUUCCUCUUGGAGACAAAGUUCCCAGGAACCAGUGACGUCCACAGACCCACAGACCUACAGACCUACAGACCUGCUGACCCAUGGACCCUCUGACCCUCUGACCCUCUGACCCACAGAAGAGUCUCUUUAUGAAAUAUGAAGUAAAAACAUGUUUUUAAGUUUGGUUCUUUUGCAAUUCAGAGGAACAGACAGAUGCAAAAUACAGUAUUUUCUCACUAUAUUUUAGUACUUAAUCUUGGUUUCAGUCCUGGUUUAGUCUUGGUUUAGUCCUGGUUUAGUCUUGGUUUUAGUCCUGCUUUAGUCCUGGUUUCGACCACAAUGGUGGAAAAGGUUUUAAAAUAAUUGUUUAUUAGAUCCAUGUUUGUGAAAUGUUCAUAAAGUUGAACCUUCAAAUAAAAUUGAUUUGCACAAAUGUCGCUUUUGUAUUGAAUCAGAAUGAUUUUUGAGAAUAAAAGUCUCAAAUUGAA